AUGAUGGCUCUCUCUAAUGAAGAGAUCCGAGAUAAUCAAUGGGUGAUCUCGAUCAAAGACAACCUUGAGAAAGCCCUUAGAGAUGAUGCUAUAAGAAGCCGGGGUAAGCUCUGCAUCUACAAAAUUUCAUAUUACAUGCGCGGAAAGUUCUACACGUCUUAUUCUCCUAAGACCGUCUCGCUUGGUCCGUACCAUAUUAAUGGGGGAUCGCAACUCCAGUCCAUGGAGUGCCACAAAUGGCGUGCUGUCAAUAAGAUCUUGGAACGUAACAACCAUGGCAUCGAGAUGUUUAUUGAUGCCAUGCGCGCGAGAGCUCGAGGAGAAGGCUCGUGCUUGCUACGAAGGGGCCGUGUUGAAGGAUUCGCGAAACUCGGAUACGAACGUAACGAUUCGGUUUUCACGAUGCGGGGAUUGAUGCAUUCGAUUCAAUGUGACAUGGUAUUGCUGGAAAAUCAGCUUCCUGUGUUCGUUCUCGACCGGUUAUUAGAGCUACAACCCGGUACACAGAACGAAACCGGUUUAGUGGCACAACUAGCAGUUCUAUUGUUCGACCCACUAAUUCCAAGGGACGAGUGGUUGACCAGAACCGUGCCGCAAACAUAUGAAGCUGACCCAUUCACCGACAUGGAGGAAUUGCACUGUCUGGAUAUUUUUCGUCGAAGUUUGCUCCUAAUGAUACCCACGUUGUAUCAUGGAUAA